UAGUGAUAAUGUUAGAUGCUUCUGUUAGCAUUUCGUAAUUGAAAGUCUGCAUGCUCUAGAGACUUGAAAGUAUCGGUGAAACAGAAGUUCCAUCACAAUAAAAAUCCACGAUAAUGGCGCCCGAACCGGACCAACUGGAAGCAAUUUCUGUUUCCACGAAACAGAAAUACCUAAGAAACCUCCUCUAAUCUUUUAUAAUUCAACGAAAGCAACAGAAGAAAACAGAAAACCAAAAAGCUCUGCUGAAUCCGAUUGUACCCGACGAUUUUCAUUAGCAUGAUCCAUUACAAUGACGUAAAUACCCGCGAGAAAAAUAUUAAGAUCUUCGUGAGAGUACUUCCGUUGGAGAAACCCUGCGAUUCUUGCGUACGAGUCGACCUAGAGUACAAAAAAAUAUUUAUACGAUGCUUACAAGAAAUGCAGCCGAACAGGGUCGCCAUAAUAAAAGAGCCAUCUUAUUGGUGUUUCAAAACAGAUGGAAUUUUUCUUGACGCCUCGCAGGAGGAGGUGUACCAUUCCUCAAGCAAGGAUCUAGUCUUGAAGAUCCUAGACGGUACAAGUUGCGUCCUGUUGGGCCACGGACAAACGGGCUCCGGCAAAAGUUUCACCCUCAGCGGACUGAGCAACAACUGGGAACACAGGGGUCUGGUAUCGAGGAUACUGUGCGACCUGUUUCUGGAGAAAUCGAAUCGAAAGAGGGUCAGCAAGAUACAGUACCACAUAAGCUUCGUCGAGCUACGUGGGAAAGAUGUCAGAGACCUGUUGUUGCCAGAAACAGAGAAUAAGGCACGGAUAAAAGAUCGAGAUCCGUUUAAGGAGAUCUCUGUGGUUCCCGCGGAGAACGAGGGACAAGCUCUGAGGAUGAUCUUCGAGGGAGAGGUCAGGAGAUCCAUCGUGAGAGGAUCUACGUAUUCGGUGUCCCAUGUGGACACGGCUGUGAUCACCAUUCAUGCUACCAAUGCCAGCUUGGUCACAUCGGGAAGCGUGUUUACCAGAGCCAAAAUGCACAUCGUGGAGAUGGCUGGCAUUGGGACGAUGGGCAGAAAUGAUUUCUGUAAAACGGCUUCGGACAUUGCCACGGCUAACUCGACCAAGUCCCAGCUGGAACAUUUUUUCGCGCACCUUGGCAAUGGAGGACCAAUGCCGUACAACGUGAUACGAUCUAGCAAUCUGUUGAAGAUCCUCGGAAACGAUUUCCCCGUGGCAUCCGUGAUCCGAUUCAUAUCGCACAUCCGUGUGACGAGAGAGGAUCUAGACGUCACGCUGUCAACGUUAAGAUUCAGUGGGAACAUUGCCAGAUUAAAACCUACGAAAGUCAAGAAGGGCAUGGAGUAUGGUCAGGAUCGGAUUGUUGAGAGGCUUCGGAACGAGAUCGACGCUUUGAAAAAGGAGCUGACGAUAAACGAGAUGCUCCUGAACCAGGAAGCUUCGAUCAAUAUAUCGAGGACCCGAUUAGAACAGAUUAAACGGAGUGUUGUUAAUUACUUGAAUGGCAACGUGAACAAAUUCACGUUGCUGAACAUGACACAGGCUCAACAGCUGCUGAAGAGCGUCAAGGAUCUGUACAACAGACUGACGGCCAAAGAAACGGAGAUGGAACAGCUCAAGGAGAUGUACGAAAACAUGUCAAAGAACAUGGUGGAUGUUGGCGUAUCAGCAAGAUUGUCUAAAGAGUCGUUGACUGCUGAAAGUCGAAUCCACAGUCUAAAGAAAGAUACUUUGGAAGUCCAGGAGGAGGCAUCGAAAGUAGAGGAAGUUGGAAGCAUAGCUAAAAUCGCUGUCGGGAUGACUCUGGGACCAUACCAAAACGAGGAAGAAGGAUAUGAACGGGACAAUGUUACGGCGGUUGAACAUGAACGCCAGAUGGAUCAUCAGAGUAUUUUAAUGAAACUCCGGCAGAUUUUCAAGCGUUUCCUGAAAGACGAAAGGGUGUACGGUAGGAUGAAGGAGAAGUUGGAUAAGAACGUGAGGACGUUGGAGAUAGUUCAACAGAGAUUCUCGAAAUGGAUCGAUAAGUAUUUCGAGGUGAAGAGCACUUUGGAGAACGCCAAAGACAAGCUCAGCAAGCAUCAGCGAAUUCGGUACGCAAUGAAACCGCAAGAACCAGAGGAGUUGGUACCGGAAGUGGAGAUAGUGAUCAGCCGUGAUAUCGCGUGUCAUCAAAGAGUUCUGAUGAAUUUGGAGGAAGAGGUUCUUCAAGCACAGAACGAGAUACGCCAUUUAUUAAAGGAACAGCUGAAAAUGCACACGGAAUUCAAGUCCGGUUUCCGAGAGUAUUGCAAAGAAAUGGACGCUUUGACACUUUACAGUGACAACUCAAUUAAAUUGUUGUUGGAACCGGUGGAGAAGGAGUCUUUGGAAGUAGCUAAAAGCAAGUUCAAUCAGUUUCAACGAGCGAUGAUGCGCAAGUUUGAGGAGAAGGAGAGAAUGAAGGAAGUGCGACGCGAUGAUUGGUGUAUUUUUUAAACUUUACCAACUAUUGCAAUAAUACUUAAUACAACGCAUAACGUGGAACACACGUACUGUAGCGCUAUAAC